CCCGCCCCGAAACCAACGUGGUAUCACAACGGGCAUGAGAUCAGCGAGGAUACGGCGGAAGGUUUCCGAUUUGAAGCCUACGGGAAAACACUGGUGUUCAACGUGACACAGGACAAAGCAGGCAAAUAUGACUGUCGUUUCCCCGUACAUAAUGAUAUCGACAGGACAUUCAACGUUAUCGUUGAAGCCGCUCCUUAUUGGCCGGAUGGACCGCCGCCAAAUACGAAUACGAGCGAAGGCGAGACGGUCACUUUUGAUUGUACAACAAGCGGAAAACCCGUGCCGAAGGUCACAUUCUACAAGAAUGGCGUUGGGUGGUACCGAAUUCGUCAUAAAUAUGAAUUUUGUAUCGGUUAUCAGCAAUGCAGUAAUUGAAU